AUGUUCUCACGCACCGUAGCAUCUACCCUGCGACGCGCUGCUCGACCAGCCAUCUCGCCUCUCCGGUCGUUCCAAACCCGACUCCUGUCCAGCGAGACCCGCGCCGCCAUCGACAAGGCCGUCGCCUCCGCCCCCGUCGUGCUCUUCAUGAAAGGCACGCCCGAGACGCCGCAGUGCGGCUUUUCCGCCACCGUCAUCAAGAUCCUCGGCAUGCAGGGCGUCAACCCCGCCAAGUUUGCCGCCUUCAACGUCCUCGAGGACCCGGAGCUUCGCGAGGGCAUCAAGGAGUACUCGGAUUGGCCGACCAUCCCGCAGCUGUACGUGGACAAGGAGUUCGUCGGCGGGUGCGAUAUCCUGCGGACGAUGCAUACCAACGGCGAGCUGGCCAAGGUUUUCGAGGACAAGGACGUUGUUGUUCUGGAGGAUGCCUGA